CUCCUUCGAUGAGUGUCCAGUCAUACGAUGCAGCAACACGCCCGUUGACGUGCGGCGAUUAAGGACGAGUGACAACGACAUUAUUUAUUCAUCGUGGCCCUUAUCGCAUCACUAAGCUAGUUGAACACUGAGCGCCAAGUAACGAAGUGAGAAGGUGGUCUUAUUUCUUCGUGGUGCGAAAUGGCCCCGAAAGAAAGCAUCGUAGUUGUUGGAGCCGGCAUCAUCGGCCUCGAUGUCGCACUCGUCCUCGCCGAGAGGGGUUAUGGGAAGAACCUAACAGUAGUGGCCGAGCACCUCCCUGGUGACACGGCAGUCGACUACACGUCGCCAUGGGCUGGAUGUAAUUUCUCCGCAAUCUCUGGCAGCGAUGCGAAUGCCCUUCGAUGGGACAAACUCGGCUACUCGCACCUCUCCAAGCUGGCGUCCGAAAGACCCGAGGAGACAUUUGUUCGCCGUACCGAAUCCAUUGAGCUUUGGGACGAAGACGUUCCGCACCAGAAGAUCAAGGAGAUGUCAGAGUAUCUUGAAGAUUUCCGUGUCCUGCCGGCCGAGGAGCUUCCCGUCGGCGUUAAAUUCGCCAUUGGCUUCACCACGCUCACCAUAAAUGCCCCUCUCCACAUGCGAUUCCUCCAGAGACUGCUCACGGAUCAUUAUGGUGUUCAAUUCGUUCGUCAAAAGCUCCCCAGUAUCCAGGCUGCGUUUUCCAAUCCCGCCACCACGGUCGUGUUCAAUUGCACGGGCAAUGCGGCUCGGACAUUAGCGGGCGUUGAGGAUGCCAAGUGUUUCCCGACAAGGGGUCAAGUGCUCUUGACCCGCGCGCCCCAUGUGCAGACAAACAUCAUGCGGCAUGGCAAGGGUUACGAGACAUACGUGAUUCCGCGGCCGGAGUCCAAUGGGAAUGUCGUCUUGGGGGGCUUCAUGCAAAAAGGCGUCAGUGAUGGAUCCACGUACUCAUAUGAGACCGAAUCCAUCUUGGAUAGGACGACGAAACUGAGCCCCGAGCUCGGACAGUCCGAAUAUGAGAUUCUUGCCCCGUUUGCUGGCAUGAGGCCAUCGCGAGAGGGAGGAGCAAGGGUGGAACGCGAUGGGAUCGAAGUAGCUGGUGAGAAGCGCGUGCUUGUGCACAACUAUGGCGCCGGUGGCACGGGGUUCCAAGCUGGAUACGGGAUGGCAGUCGAUGCGGUCAAGACUGUCGAAGACGUCCUGAGACAGCUGCGAGGUGCAUCGGCCCGCCCGAGGCUGUAAGUCGCAGAGGCCCUGAGCGGAAUAUUGUAAACGGAAAGAUAUCGGCUACAGCCGCUGCAUCAGGCGUUCUUGAUCAUGUGAUGGCUUCAAACGAAGUAAAUGCUUGAGAAACAUGUGGUUGCAGGUGAAGGACGUUGUCAACGCCGCGCCAAAAGAUCGAGUCAAUCCGAAGUAGG